AUGUCUGUUCUACUUGAGACUACCGCUGGCGACAUCGUCGUCGACUUGCUGGUCGACUACGCACCCAAGCUGUGCGAAAACUUCCUUAAACUGUGCAAAAUCAAAUACUACAACUUCUCGCCAAUCCAUUCUAUCCAGAAAUCCUUCUCUUUCCAGACAGGCGAUCCCCUCGGGCCGCUGUCGGCCGACUCCGAUGGUGGUACUUCAAUAUGGGGCCUGCUCUCCACCAAACAAACCGACAAGACCUUCCCAGCUCUCUUCCACCCCAAACUCAAGCACCUGGAACGUGGCACGUUCAUUGUCACGCUGGGGGAUAAUACAGACUACCUCGACGGCAAGGCAGCCAUCUUUGGAAAAGUCGUCGAGGGCUUUGACAUUCUGGAGAAGAUCAAUGACGCCAUAGUCGACGACAACGGCUACCCGCUGGUGGACAUGCGAAUUAAGCACACGGUGGUGCUCGAUGACCCCUAUCCAGAUCCUCCAGAACUGCGCGAGCCGAGCAGCUCUCCCCCGCCAACUAAGGCCCAGUUAGCGACCAUUCGCAUUGCUGAGGGCGAGGCUGAUAAUUUAGACAAUGAAGGAAACGAAGAUGCCGCCGCCGCCGCCGAGAGGACACGUCGCGAACGAGAGGCCCGAGCGCAGGCCUUGACAUUGGAGAUGAUGGGCGAUCUGCCCUUUGCUGAAGUGAAGCCACCGGAAAACGUCUUGUUUGUGUGCAAGCUGAACCCGGUGACCGUGGAUGCCGAUUUGGAGUUGAUAUUCAGCCGGUUUGGUAAGAUCCUCUCCUGCGAGGUGAUACGGGAUCAGAAGACGGGAGACAGUCUGCAAUAUGCAUUCAUCGAGUUUGAAGACAAGACUGCUUGCGAGGCCGCCUACUUCAAGAUGCAAGGAGUGCUGAUUGACGAUCGACGGAUACAUGUGGAUUUCAGCCAAAGUGUGAGCAGACUGAGCGAUGUUUGGAGGAAUGACACCAAUAUGAAACGGAAGGAGAAGGCUGGAAGGGGCCGUGGCGGCUGGGGCGGUGUCAAGGAUUUGGAGAAGUGGAGAAAGUAUAGGGUGCAAGAUGAUAGAGAUGAUGUCGAAGAUGCCAACCGCCAUCAAGCUACAAACUAA